AUGUGCGUUACCCUAUGUCCAGCACAAACUACUCUUACUAUAAAGCCAACAUCAGCAUCAGCAUCUGCGUUUUGGACUGACAAACGUGGACAUUACUCACGACUUUCCUUUGGGAUUGCAAGUUGGAUGAGAACAUUUCUGAUAAAAACACUACUUUCGCUUGUGGUAAAUGCCUUCAUUCAAACAGAGUUGCGAUGUCUGAGAAACUAUUCUACCAUCACUAUGACGUCUGCGCUUAUUGUAAGACCUAGAUUUUCUGGACCAGCCCCAUAUUACUUUCAAGCACCAACUAACAAACAGAUAACAUUCCAAGAGCGAAACAAUGCCUUGCACCGUGGAUUAUUUACACCUUGGGAAUCUGAAAUAAACAGCACAUCAGACGUCGAAGAAACUCCAAAUGAAUCAGAAAUGAAAAUGACGAAAGGGCGCAUCUUGUCGGAGGCAGAAUCAUCGCCUCACCAACCGUGCCCCAGCUCAAUCUGGGGGCUUCCGGGAGAACAAUGUGGCAAUUCUGUUGUGGCGGAUAACACAAUUUCGGACGAAAAAUACGCUCACGAAGAUGAAAAGAUCAUAGCACUCUUCCAACAACGAAUGCUGAAGCAACUAAACUUAAAGGAGCCCCCCAAGGUGACCAACUCAUCUUGGUCCUCUAUCCCGCGGUUUUUGCAGCGACAGCUACAACAUACAAUUGAAGGCCACAAUCACAUUUUGGAAGAUCCAGUUGAGCAGAACGAAGAAAAAGAGGUCCUAGUUCUGCUACAACCUCAUCCUAUUCAGCUCAGAAAAAUUCCGUCUCUAGCUUUCACUGUGAAGCUUGUAGACUACAUCGAUGAUCGACACAUUCUCCGGGCGCGCAUACAUGCGGAGGCCUUCAGAGAACUACCUUAUGGUUCGGAAAUCAGUCUUUGGGAGAUAGUCCGACCUUGGCCCGGAAGUCAUACGAGACAUCCAAAAACUCAGUCAUAUGAUCCCUGGGACGAAACGCAUGUAUUUUUAUCCGGCUCUGGUGCACAGCUUUCGGAGGACGCCUACCCUGAUGAACGUGGGGUAACACCCUUUGAGGAUAUCUCCGUUGUUGGACAAAAGGUGGCGUCUGCUCUCGUAUACCUGGAUGAAUCCGAUAAGGUCACCUCUGUGACGUUUAACAUUACAUCCAGAUUGGUUCAGUGGAUCAAACACCGCAACCGAAUGGUCCUAAAUGGUCGAGAGAAGAUAAAUCACAGACCAUUUGUCAAACACCUGCUUUUGAUAUGUCCAACAUGUGCUGGCAGUCAAAUCCCAAUUGAUCCACGAAAGGUAGUAAUGGAUAUUCGGUAUCGCGCAGGACUCAAGAGGACCAAACGUGCAGCAGGAGGGAGCGAAGAAGGUUUGAGUAAUAUGUGCCAGGAUGUUGGACACCAGUUCACAUGCUGCACGCAGCCUUUGUCAAUCAAAUUUUCCGAAAUUGGAUGGAACAAAUGGAUCGUUUUUCCGAAACAGGUCGAACCAAACUAUUGCCGUGGCUCUUGCCAAGCUACAGGAUCUCGCAGCUCUCAUUAUGAUAUACUCAACCUGCUGCAUCAGAAAAAUUCCACCAGAUUUCCGGGAGUGAGACGCGAUGAACUACAAUCUUGUUGUUAUCCCACGAGGAGAAACAGCUUUUCAAUUUUAUACAUGGCAGGCGAGAAUGAUAUUCGAAUGCAUGUGCUACAUAACCUAAUAGUGCUGGGAUGUGGAUGUAGCUGAAAAGUGGUCAUUCCGGUGAUAGCUGCACUGGCAUUCUUGUACUAUUCCAAUUUCCUCAUAAAAAUGUCAUUUUGGUGGCGCGAAAACACAGUGGUUAUCAUACAGAUUCAGGAUUUUCCAGUAUCACUCAUUUCAUAUUGUCUGAAAAACCAUAAAGGACAUAAAGUUCAACUUUGUCAUCUUCAACAUCAAAAUUGCCCCUACCCAAUCUGUUGACCAUGUUUUCAUUGCGUUCGUGAUAAUUUUCGGUGCCGUUUGCACUUCGAAAACAUUCCUUUCACGUACCAGUAGGUAAAUAGCCCAAGU